GCUAAUCGACUAUUGUCAAUAUUAUGGCACGUUGAAAUAAUUUUCUGACAAAUUUCCAAUCAAAAAGUAAAAAAAAGAAAUACUCUUUUAAAGUUUAAUUGGCCCUCAAGAUCAUUUAAGAAUGCAUCGAACGAUAAAAAGGAUAAAUUAUGUGAAGAAAAGUACGUUCUUUCUUCCGAUUGAAACCACACCUAUCUCCACCCAAAGAAGAUACUGUAGUGUUCCAGUGGAAAAGGAGCCCUUUUUAAAUGGAACGUCAGCUCAAUAUGUAGAAGAUAUGUACAAAGCUUGGCUAUCGAACCCAAGCAGUGUCCAUGCAUCGUGGGAUGCUUACUUCCGCAACUCAGCUUCAGGUGGCCCAGGUUAUCACCCGCCCCCUUCUGGUUUGGCCCCCAUCAGCAAAAACGAAGUUCCGCUAAAAACGUAUUUAGCGAAGCAUCCCGACUGUGAAGGCGGUGGAGGAGGUAGAUCAGGAGAUAAUUCUAUAGAAAACCAUUUAGCAGUACAAGCAAUGAUCAGAGGUUAUCAGGUACGGGGUCACAGACUUGCCAAAAUUGAUCCGUUGGGGAUAAUGUAUUCAGACAGCACUACCACUCUUACUCAAACAGGUAAAGUUCCUCCUGACAUAAUCAUGCGGGACCAUAAGUUGAAAGAAGAAGACUUAUCCAAAGUGUUCAAACUGCCAUCAACAACGUCUAUAGGUGGCAAAGAAAAAUCGCUGCCCCUAUCAGAAAUCAUAAAACGGCUGGAGCUGGCAUACUGCCGACAUAUCGGCGUGGAAUACAUGUACAUCAACAGCGUAGAACAAAGCAACUGGAUUCGAGAACGUUUCGAAGUUCCCGGCGUUACGAAUCUCACUCAAGAUGAACGAAGAUUGACCUUGGCCCGAUUGACCCGCUCCACAAGGUUCGAACAUUUCCUCCAAAAAAAAUAUCCGUCAGAAAAACGAUUCGGACUCGAAGGAUGUGAUUCAUUGAUACCUUCGAUGAAAACUGUGAUAGACAAGUCUUCCGAAAUGGGCGUGCAGAGCGUCAUCAUCGCUAUGCCGCAUCGAGGUAGGAUCAACGUAUUGGCCAACGUUUGUCGCCAACCUCUCCAUAAAAUAUUUACUCAAUUCGCUGGAUUAGAAGCCACCGACGAAGGUACUGGUGACGUCAAAUACCACCUGGGGAUGACUGUUCAGCGACUGAAUCGCGUCACAAACAAAAAUAUUCAAUUAACCAUAGUCGCGAAUCCCUCUCAUCUCGAACUGGUGGCUCCUGUGGCCCUGGGAAAAACCAGGGCAGAACAAUUCUACAGGGGAGACUGUGAAGGAAAGGAAGUUUUGCCCAUUGUGUUACACGGAGACGCUGCUUACGCUGGCCAAGGUGUUUGCUUUGAAACCAUGCAUCUGUCCCAGUUACCAAAUUACACUACACACGGUACUAUCCAUAUAGUCGCUAAUAACCAAAUAGGUUUCACCACGGAUCCUCGUUUUGCAAGGUCUUCAAUUUAUUGCACUGAUGUUGGUAAAGUAGUGCACGCGCCGAUAUUCCACGUAAACGCUGAUGAUCCGGACAGUGUUACGCACGUCAGUAAAGUCGCUGCAGAAUGGAGAGCAACUUUCCACAGAGACGUGGUCAUCGAUCUAGUAGGAUACAGAAGGUACGGCCACAAUGAGUUGGAUGAACCCAUGUUCACCCAGCCGCUCAUGUACCAAAAAAUCCACAGUAUGAAGAAUUGCUUGGAACUUUAUGCGGAAAAGCUAAUCAAAGAAGGCGUUGCCAAAGAAGCGGAAGUGAAAGAAAUUCAAGACAAAUACGACAAAAUAUGCGAAGAAGAGUUCCAGAAAGCUAGUAAGGAAACCCACAUGAAAUACAGUGAUUGGAUCGACAGCCCGUGGUCUGGUUUCUUUGAAGGCAAGGAUCCACUAAAAGCUAACCCAACCGGUGUAAAAGAAGAAAUAUUGGCACAUGUUGGCAGAAAAUUCGCUUCUCCUCCUCCAAACACAUCCCAAUUCAAGUUACACAAAGGUAUUGAGCGUAUUUUGGCAGCUAGAAUGGAAUUGGUACAAAAUAAAGUGGCUGAUUGGGCCAUAGGGGAGGCACUGGCCUACGGGUCCUUAUUAAAAGAAGGUAUCCACGUGAGGGUAUCCGGAGAAGAUGUUGAAAGGGGAACUUUCUCUCACAGACACCACGUGCUUCACCACCAAACCAACGACGGAGAAGAAUAUCGACCCCUAUGUAAUCUCUAUCCCGACCAAGCACCAUAUACGAUAUGCAACAGUCACUUGAGCGAGUAUGCUGUUCUAGGGUUCGAGCACGGUUACUCACUAGCGAAUCCGAACGCUUUGGUUAUUUGGGAGGCGCAAUUCGGCGACUUCAACAAUGUUGCACAAUGCAUCACUGACCUCUAUUUGGCUAGUGGACAGGCGAAGUGGUUGAGACAGUCCGGUAUAGUUUUGUAUCUGCCACAUGGACUAGAAGGUAUGGGACCUGAGCAUUCCAGCGCUCGAUUAGAACGUUUCCUACAGCUCUCUUCAGAUGACCCGGACGACUUUCCAAAGGAAGAUGAACAGUUCGCCAUUCGCCAACUUCAACAUAUAAACUGGAUCGUGGCAAACUGUACGACCCCAUCUAAUUUGUUUCACAUUCUUAGAAGGCAAAUAGCAUUGCCCUUCAGAAAACCCCUUAUACUAAUGACCCCCAAAAGUUUGCUUCGAAAUCCAGCUUGCAGAAGCCCGUUUUGCGACAUGGCGGAAGGCUCCGAGUUCCAUCGACUCAUACCAGCCGAAGGACCCGCUAGUGAAAACCCGGAGGGAGUGGAGAAAUUGAUGUUCUGCUCUGGGAAAAUUUUCUACGAAGUUGCAAAAUUGCUUAAAGAAAAAGGAAUCGAUUCCAAAAUCGCAAUGGCUCGCGUGGAACAGAUAACGCCGUUUCCUUUUGAUUUGGUUAAAAAAGAAUGUGCAAAGUACCCCAACGCAAAAAUUGUUUGGUUGCAGGAAGAACACAAGAACCAAGGAGCUUGGCCUUACGUACACCCUAGGAUAAUAACCGCUAUCAAAGGAGAGCGGGCCAUUUCAUAUGUUGGUAGAGCCGUAUCAGCGAGUACAGCCUCUGGUAAUAAGAAACAGUAUCAAAAAGAAUACAAAGAAUUGAUGGAAGCUGCUACAACACUUGAAUGCUAAUAUCGACUACUUGCGAUGCUGAUUCAUAUCAGUAUAUAGUGUAACACUGUUAAUAUCUUCUACAAAUAAACGUGCAUUUCUUUAAUUUUCA